GUGCGCCAGGAAGUUGGGGAUCGAUUCGUGUCUGCGACGUGUCUGUGUCACCAUCAUGAAUGUUUCUGCUGCUGUUUUCUUAUUAUUAGUUGCGAUGGUUUUCGACCAGGCAGCAGCUAGGGAUUUGGCCAGGUACAAACCCAGAGGUGUGUUGUUUCCCCGCCCUCCUUCGAGGAAUAAAAAACCAAUCUUCCCAGUUAAACACACCGCUACAAUCAAUACCCGAAGUUUCUGCGGGCGGGAAAAUAGCACAAACAGUCGAAUAGUAGGUGGUACAGUUGCUGAACCUCAUUCCCUGCCAUGGCAAGUGGCUUUAUUCGUUGAUGACAGAUUUUUCUGCGGUGGUUCCCUGAUUUCUAACGAGUGGAUUCUCACCGCUGCCCACUGUGCCGAAGACGCUGGCUUUUUCGACAUAUUGCUGGGCUCUCACAACGUUCGACUGAAUGCCACCGAGGAGCCCAGUCGCUUCGAGAUCAGAUCGAACGUGUCCAUCGUUCAUCCUGGAUGGUCCUCCUUUCGUUUCAUGAACGACAUCGCCUUGGUCAAGAUCCCGCAGCCGAUUAAAUUUACGCCUGAAAUUCAACCAGUUUGCCUGGCUCCACCUUCCGAGCCCGAUCACGUCGACGAUAUUCUUCACGUCAGCGGAUGGGGCAGACAUUCUGAAUUGACUCCCGGAAUUUCCCAAGUCCUCCGAGAAAUCGACGUCCCGUGCAUCUCCAAUGAGGAAUGCGCAUUGACUUACGGCGAAACUAUCACGGAUGGAAUUAUUUGCAUCUCGACCGCCGGCGGAAGAGGAUCAUGCAACGGGGAUUCUGGUGGUCCUUUGACUUUCGUCAACGACGGCAUCCACAAUCAGGUGGGCGUGGUUAGCUUCGGUUCCAGCCAAGGAUGUGACAAAAACCUUCCGGCUGGAUUCUCACGUGUUAGUUUUUACGCCGAAUGGAUCUCAUCAAUCACCGGCUUGAUCAUCUAAGUAAAACAGAAGACGCUAAAUUGCCUUUAAUUAGUCAAAUAGUUAAAUGUCAUUCCUUACCAAAGCCACUCGAGUCCAUAAUUGUUUUUAUUUUA